CAUGAACAUGCAGAGAACUUUCAGCCCCCGCUCUUCCAUGUCACUUUAUACUCUCUUUAUGCAGUCCUGGCAAUUCACACAAACGAACCUGGCUGGCUCGUCGCCGUCCUCGCGUAUAUAUAGCGGCGCUAAGUGAGCUCUGGGGCAGGCACAGCGGCAGUGUUGAUGCGCCACCGAUCCUUGUCCUGUACUGUGUAGUGGGUAGCCUCCAUGGGUAGCGGCAACGGCAAGGUGUACGCCACGGUGGUGCUCAUCAGGCUCAUCUACGCGGGGAUGCACAUCCUCACCAAGGCGGCCUUCAACGAAGGCACGAGCACCACCGUCUUCGUCUUCUACCGGCACGCCGUCGCGGCCGUCUUCCUGCUGCCUUUCGCCUUCCUUGAGAUCAGGAAGCGACCGGCGCCACCUCUGAACUUGAGGCUCUGCAUGAAGAUCUUUGCUCACGGCUUCUACGGGAUGGCUGGAACGAUCAACCUGUACUGCAUUGGCCUGAAAUAUGCUUCGGCCACCUCUUCGUCGGCUAUCUUCAACAUCGUGCCGGUGGUCGCCUUCCUCUUGGCCGUCAUGUUCAGGAUGGAGACCCUGAAGCUCAGGAGCGUCCAUGGCAUAGCCAAAGCCUGCGGGAUACUCCUCUGCGUCGCCGGCGUCAUCGUGCUGGCGCUGUACCAGGGCCCCCAGCUCAAGUCGCCGAACCACCAGCAGCUGCUGAAGCAGCACGCGGGCGCGGCCGCCGCGCAGGUCCACCAUUCCAGCAGGGAGUGGGCUCUGGGGAUCUUCCUGAUGACAACGUCGGUCGUGAUAUGGUCUCUCUGGACGGUGAAGCAGGGGCCCCUGCUGCUGGAGUACCCUUCCAAGCUCCUGAACACGACGCUGCAGUGCGCGUUCGCGAGCGUCCAGUCGCUGGCCAUCGCCCUUGUCCUCGAGAGGGACUUGUCGCGGUGGAAGCUCGCCGGCCCCGUCAGCCUCGCAUCCGUGCUCUUCACGGGCGUCGUCGUGGCGGCGAUCUCGUACUACCUGCAGAUCUGGGUGAUCGAGAAGAGAGGUCCCGUGUUCCUGUCCAUGUCGAUGCCGCUGAGCCUCGUCUUCACCAUGGCCAUCGCCUCCUUCCUGCUGGGCGAAGACGUCAGCCUAGGAAGCAUUAUCGGCAGCGUCCUCCUCGUCGCCGGCCUCUACAAUGUGCUGUGGGGCAAGAGCAGGGAGGAGAAGCAACAAGCGGCGGCGGCGGUGGGUGAGACGACGACGACGACGACGACGACGACGGAUGGCGGCCGCGACAACGGAGACGCGGAGAAGAACGCCGCGGCCGUGCAGCCGGCGGACGGGGAGGACGACGACGACGACGACGACGCGGCGGCCAAAGUCUGACAUGCGGAUCAUGCAUGCAAAGCGAUCUGCCGGCUCCGUGCGUCUUUGAUUCACGCAAGAAGGCGUGGCUGGCGGGGCGGGCCACCGGUGUUUGUGCGAUCACUGCAUGCAGAAAGGGUGCGUGCUGGGCUGCUGGCAGGCACUCAUCAUGUGUAUAUCUGAUCUGAAAGCAGGUUCUUGGGGGGUGUUUCAGCACCCUGUAUGCGCCACCCUUUGUGUCAUCGCAUCACCAAGUUCAGUUCAUUCUGGGAGAUGAUUGGGCCUUCCAUUUCGUAAAGACUUUUCUUUUUUCUCGCAAUCAAGGGACCUGCUUAGUUUUCUUUAGAGGAAGAAUCUAGUUUAUUAGUACGACCAGGCCAAAUCGUGAAACGGGUGUGGAAGCUCCGACGCAAAGAUCGAGCCGACUAGACAGCACAGCAGGGUCCAGCAGCCCGAAGCAAAACGGAAGCAAGGAAAACGAAAGCAGAGAACAGGCAGGGCUAUAUAUCAGGCUAUGGCCUAUGGGUGAACCUCCUCCCCCAGACGACCCCCACACCGCACACACCUUUUUUUUUGUUUUUUUUUUAAAUGUGGCCUGUGAAGAUUGCGGAAUAUAACAACAAGAUAAGUAGA